UUAACCAGAAUUCUUGUCGCAGAAGCUCAUUCCCAAUCGGAGUUCUGGCACAUGCAGUUGCUGAUAUGGUACAAGUUCUAAAUCGCAGUAGAUGCGGGCUUGAUGACAGCCACUUCAUUCAAUGUUGCUGAGGACAGGAGUCCGAGCUCCCGGAACGAGUUCCGAGAUUUCGUCACAUCUCAUCGGCCUAAGCUUUCCUCUUCAUAGGACAGAAAUAAUUCUCGAAGUACGAUUACGACUCCCUCCACGACCUUUCCCGCCGAAAUCAUGUCCUUUCCUCUGUGUACCUCACGGAGAUUCCUCCCUUCCCUCUUCCACUAUUCCCGUCCCUUCUCCGCCUCUGCCCUCCGCCGGACAUCCCAUUCACCAUCCAUACCGCACGUCCCUUCAUGUCCGUCCCCGACAUGCGCCUGCGCCCGCAUGCCUCCAGACCUGGAUAUAGACCGAAAAUCCCCACUCCUACAUACCAUGGCGCCGUAUACAGAGCAAGUGGUCAUAUGUACAGGCAAAGAUGACUGGAGCAGUCGCAUCGAGGACGAGCAGAGCGAUUCGGGCGAUUUUCUUCGAGGAAUCAAGGGGAUAAUCGGAAGGGGCGGGCAGGCAUUCGAUCCCUUCAACAACAUCCUCACGACCCUCUCCUCCCUCCCCGCCUCCCCCAUCCCCCCCACCACCUCAGCCCUCCUCUUCCCCUCCUUCCUGCGCAUCUCCUCCAUCCCCAAUACACCACCCUCGUACAACGCCUUCGCCUCCGCCUACCUAAAAGCCAGACACCUCCACCCAGCCCACUCCGCCCUCUCGCCCGCCCAACGCAAACCCCUCCUCCGAGACGACUCUCUAGCCAAAGACUUACCCCCCGCAAUCCCAAUCGAAAACCUCACGGUCCUCAUCUGCGGGCACGCAGCCAGGGAUAAGCGAUGUGGAACGCUCGGUCCCAUUUUGCGCUCCCAGUUUGAGAAGGAGCUGGACAGGCGCGGUGUCGAUGCACAAGUAGGAUUGAUAUCGCAUAUCGGAGGCCACAAGUAUGCGGGAAACGUGAUUUUGUAUGUUCCGCCGUCGUUGACGGGGAAUGCGUUGGCGGGCUUGGGGAUAUGGUAUGGGAGGGUGGAGCCGGCGAGUGUGGAGGGGAUUGUCGAGGAGACGGUGAAAAGGGGGAGGGUGAUUGAGGAGUUGUUCCGGGGAGGGAUUACGAGGGAUGGGGGGAGUUUGGGGAGGAUCCUCGAGGAGCAGAUACGGAUAGAAAAAGGGGAGGAUGGGGGGUUGAGGUUGAGGCCAAGGGCUAGGGCGUAA